AUGUCAACUCAUUUGUCAAGUGGUUUGUCAAGUACUUUUAAAGCUUUGCUUAUAUGCUUUUCUCUCUUGAAUCUCGAUUUUGGAGAAUUUUAAUGUGAUUUUGCAAUAGGUUUGACUUCGAGUGAUUUGUUAUUUUACCGGAGAGAAUAGUAGCACACCUUCAUAUAAUAAAUAGAAAAACUUGUUAUAUGGUGGAUACUUCAAAGUGUUAAACAUGGAAGCGUAUGAAAGUGUACUGCUCGUUAAAAAUGAAGUGUUCGUUUUUAAAAUACCCCCAAAACAAACGAACAGAGGUUACAGGGCAGCUGAUUGGAAUUUACAAGAGCCACAAUGGACGGGGCGUAUGCGUCUCGUUGCGAAAGGUGACGAAUUGGUCAUGAAAUUGGAGGACAAAGCAAGUGGUGAACUGUUCGCAAAAUGCCCCAUUGAUAAGUACCCUGGAUUAGCACUUGAGGCUGUUAAUGACAGUUCGCGAUAUUUUGUUGUUAAAAUACAGGAUGAUAAUGGGCGCAGUGCUUACAUUGGUUUAGGGUUUGGGGACCGAUCAGACUCCUUUGACCUGAAUGUAGCUCUCCAAGAUCACUUCAAGUGGUUGCGGAAAGAGCAGGAGGGUGAUCAAGGCCAGCAACAACAACUGGACCUUAGCUUCAAAGACGGAGAAACUAUCAAGAUUAAUAUGAAAAUUACUAAAAAGGAUGGAAGUGAAGGUAGCAGACCGCGUCGGGCUGGUACUGCUCCUGGGGGUCUGCUGCCACCACCCCCCGGGGGCUCCAAGCUGCCCCCUCCACCUUCACCACAACAUGUGCCAAACCCUUUUGGAGCUCCUGCUACAAACACUGAGUGGGGAGACUUUAAUUCAGCUAGCGCUCCGAGCCCUCAAGCGAAACCAACUACACCAGCAAACCAACAAAACUGGGUACAGUUUUAAGUGUAUAAUAUGUCAAAUAUACUUCAUUGCGGUGAGCAGGUUGUGCAUUGCACAAUACUUAUACUACUUACUUAAUAUGACAUAUCCAUCACAUAAACUUUUAAUUUACAUUUGAAUAUCAAUAAAUAUUUGUUGUCUUCUCUAUUGCCUUGUAUUUUUACUGGCAUCUGCAUUAUGUACCAGCUUAGUUACACGAAUUAGCAGUAUUUAAAGUUUUAUUCAAACUAGGUUAAUGUUCAUUCUGGUCAAUAACGCCACAAAUCACAAAAUACAAAUCUUAUAAAAUUGAAACGAUAACUUUUCAUAUCCUCUCUUUUUCCUUAUCACAAUGCAACACUAGAAUCACAGAAGAAUGGUAGAAUCAUAGAUUAUUUUUAGAACUAAAACGACGAUUAUAUACAUAAUUAUAUAUAUAUAUAUAUAUAUAUAUAAUUUAAAUAAACAUGUAAAAACUGCAAAGAAGUAGUACAACUCAUAAAUCAUAAAUUAGAAAAAUUAAAUUGGUUUUGGACUUGUGACGUUAUUGUACUGAAAAUGGAAAUGUCUUUGCAUUGUUAAUAUUGCAGUAUAUCUCUUUUAAAGCAGGGUUCUAACGAUUAUUCUGUGAAUUUCAAGUUUUUGAAAUACCUACAAAUGUAUUUAUCAAGCAAGUCACUUUUUUUUGUCACAUCAUUUUAUUUGAUUUGCUUCUAAGAAAGUUCACCAGUUUCAAUUUUUACGAUUUAAAUUUUGUACAUAAUAUUAUAAAGAUACCUACCAUAUUUUUAUUAAAACAUGUAAAUUCUUUACCAUAUUCAUAAAAAUAAAUAGACAACUUGCCUGUUUAGUACAUUUUCAAUGUAAGCGUUUUUGUGAACGCAACUUAAAAUAAGCUUAAGUUAAAUAAUUAUGAGUCUUUCAAUUUUAUUAUUUAAUCAUAAAUUAUUAAUUAUGAGUGUCUUUCUUUUAGAAUUUAAGAUUUAUUUGAUUAACAUUUAACAUUCCUGUUUUAUUAAAAUGUGUGUUAUUUGGCCAAUAUAUUAUCGGAAUUCACUAUCAAUAAAAUAAGUACCUAUAUUUUGACCCAAAAUUAUGAUUACACUAUUCACACUCAGUUCCGAUUAUGAACUAAAAAGCAAGACAAAAGUUGACAUCUAUGUAGCGCAUAUUGCUUUGCUCAGAUUUUUAAAACGAGAUAGAUUUAUGUCAGAGGCUAAUCUGCCUCGUUUGUGCGUCUCUAAGCUUCAGGGAGGGUAGUUUGAAACGUUUUAAGGGUUCUGUACCUCGAAAGGCAAAACGGAACCCUUAGUUGCUAAUGUGCCUACACGCCGCAUGGCCCACAAACAGGCCUCUCUCCUUGUCCUCGUUGAGGCCAUAUUGCGGGCCAUCAUUGCCUCCAGGAAUUCGACAACUCUCUGAUUAGGUACAUACAGUUUACACAAGCAAGCAAACGUACAGUGACCGGCAAACAAUUUGAAUAAAUGCUCAGGAUUGAUUUUCCGUCUUUUUCUACCGCGUGGGAGCACGCGAUUGGUUUAUCAGUCUUGCGUUAUUUCCCGCGAUGCGCUAACUUCCACUUUUUGCCCCUUUUUGGUCAUGUUGUUUGCCGGUCAUUAUACAUGAUUUAAUUAUUAACAAACAAAGAUAAAGUAAAUAGGUAUUUUUCUACUACUUCUGAUAUUGUUUAAUUGUAAUCUACAUACCAUUCAUUCAAAACAGAUAAUAAUUGUACGUGAAUGCAUUAUUCAUGCCACCUCUUACUGCGCAAUCUUAUAACAUAAAUAUCUGUAUAAUUAUCGUGUAGUUUGAUUAUUUAUUAGGUUAAAAUCGAAGAUUAAAGGACUAGUUACGAGUAGAUACGUACAUAAAAUCGGCUUGGCAUUAAUCGGUAAUCGGAUUUCGCAAUGUAUCAACUACGGUAUUGCAAUUUUUAUUCAUAUUCUUACGCUGUACGAAACUAUAUAUUAUAGUAGUUACCCCUGACUUUGUCUAUGACUAGUUUUUCAAUUCGCGUGAAAAGUCUUUGAUCUUAUGACAGAACUAGUAACCCGCAGCUUUGUCUGGUUGGAUUCAGUUUUUCAAAAAUUCUGUGGGAAUUCAUUUGCUCCAUUGCCGCGUGACUGAAGGACAAACCAACAAACGAUAUUUUAAUGUGAAGCCGAGUUUAUAUGUAACGUCCUACCAGCUCACAUUAUUGUGUAUGAUGUACCUAUUUAAGAUGUUAAAAGAUAUAAAUAUCAUUACUAUCUGUAUAUUAUGUAAUACUUAAAUAGUUUAAUUUUUUCAUUUAUCUUAGGUGUAGGUAAAGAAAUUAUGGCUCUACACUUUAUUGUUACUAAAGUUCAUCGCAGACGACUGAUAUUUAUGUUAGUCUGACAAAAGUCGGUGUAAAUAGAACACAGGAUAAGUACUGUAACACAGGUGUUCCACAAAAACGUGUUUCUAUUUUCAGAGUAAGUAUGACCAACUCGAUUCGAUUUGAUAACAUACAAGCAAUCACGUUCACGUUGAUAGUUCAGUGUGAAGUGUGUGUAAAAUCUGACACCUCUUACCAUCUAAAAACCGCCGUGUCGGAUAAAUAUCGGUUGUCCGCGUUAGACUUAACUGUUGUUAAAAAUCUGCAUGUCAUAGACAAACUCUAUGUAAAUAGCUUAAAAGUGAAGUGAUAGCUGUGUAAUGUUGUACAAAUGUUAUUAUUUUUCCUAAAAUAAUAAAUAGGUUUGUUUGGCGUUCGGUUUAAAAUAUACAAUAAUGUACAAAUGUAAUAAAGAAAAGUAGCAGCUAA